AUGCAUACACAUGGCCCUCAAAGCACGUAUGCAGCACUACCAGCUACACCAGUGGAGCCUCCCUACUACCUGACUCCCAGCCAGGGUGCGUACCAGGCGCCGGGCCCUCAGUUUUCAUCAAGAGUUCAUUCUACGAAUGGCAACAACUCUGAAACGUCUGUUGAAUGUCACUCCACUUCAUCACACCAGGAAGCCCCGAGCCAAUCUGUCUUUCCCAAGCCCAUCUACUCAUACAGCAUCCUGAUCUUCAUGGCUCUGAAGAACAGCAAAACAGGGAGCCUUCCUGUCAGUGAGAUCUACAACUUCAUGACUGAACACUUUCCCUAUUUUAAGACAGCUCCGGACGGUUGGAAGAAUUCGGUGCGUCACAACCUCUCUCUGAACAAGUGCUUUGAGAAGGUGGAGAACAAGAAUGGGAACUCCUCCCGCAAGGGCUGCCUCUGGGCCCUCAACCCGGCCAAGGUGGACAAGAUGCACGAGGAGCUCCAAAAGUGGCGUCGCAAAGACCCCGUCACCGUCCGCAAGAGCAUGGCCAGGCCAGAAGACCUGGACCGUCUCCUGCGGGAGAAGCCGGAGAAGACCUCACAGCGCCAGCCCUCCCUCGCCAAACGCUCCCCGCUCUACGACAGGACGCGCAUGUCCCUCCACCCCGCCAAUCUCCGGGAACCCUGCGCCGCGACGGCCCACUAUCCCCCCCUCCUGGCCCCUCCCCAGCAAUGUGGCUAUCUUACCCACCCCACCCCCCCACACCCCGCGGCCCCCCACUUAACCCUUUACCCCCCCUGCCGACAGCAGCCCUUCUCCGGCCCCGCGGGGGCCUGUGGGGGCCCGAGCUCCGGGAAGAUCCUGCCCCUCUACCACGCCUCGGCACACACGGACUACGCCGUCGUCCCCGGGAGUGUGCAGGAUGCGCUCUUCGAGGUGGACGGCAGCUACGACGUGGACGCGCUCAACCCCAGUCUGACGGACCUGCAGCUCCAAGGACACUUGUGGGAGGAAUUGAGAGACGACAGCCUGGUGCCCGAUGCACUGGCAAACACCACCACCACCUUUUCACUUCCCAUUGACCACAUCCAAAAUCUCAGUCUACAGGCCUCUGUCAAUCAAACCUCACAGGACAUUGCCAUUGGUCUAGGGAAAGAAAGGGUGGUAUUGGACGGCCCCUUGGACAGUGGGGAAGUCGCUGAACAGCACCACAUCCUAUAUCCCAUGACGUAUUCAGGGGUGGAGAGCUUGGCGGGUUAUUUGACUUCAUGCCCAACUCCUAUUACCUUAAUAUAGAAAAUAGGAGAUGUGGUAGGGAGGGCUUAGAUGCACCCGCAUUACUGAAAAAAUAGAUUAAACAUAGACGAUGCUGCUGGCACUCCAUUCAGCACUUUUUCAUAAACCAGCUCCUCUUAGCAUUAUCUCAACAAUGUAAAUCCAAUGUCAAUUCUGUCAUUUCUGUUUCUUUGUUGUCAUUGUAAGAAAGCCAAUUUAAUCUUUGCAAUGCUAUGUGGGUUAAGUCAAGUCAAAUAUAUUUGUGUACCUGUUGAUCAAAUCAGUUUGAUGAACAACAAAUCUUCAAUUGUUUUAUACUUUUGGGGGCAUUUCUUAUCCAACCCACUUUACUGUAACACCUCAAUAACCGCUUAAGAAUUUUACUAAAUGUUUUUGCAGUACAACAUACAAUUUGAGUCCAUUCUUCCAUGAAUUUAUUUAGUCCAUUUGUACAUUUGUAGCAGAAAUCAUUCGAGUCUGCACUUUGCCUAUAUUUUUUUGUUAUGUUUUGUUAUGUUGAUAUUUUUUUAGGUUUGUGUAUGUGGUCAUCAUGGAAAAGAGAAACACAAACUUCCAAAAAAUCACACGUUUAUUGCAGCGAUGGAAUCGAAACUGUCCAAAUGUACAUGUCUUUUUUUAAAUACAUUAUAUAUUAAUCACAUUUAAUAUAAAUAAAAUAGUUUUUUAUUAAUACUGAAUAUGCACUGGAUAUCAAAACAGGCGUCAGAUUUUGACCAUUAACUAUUCAUUUGAUCUGACUAUACAAAACGUCUAUUUAAAACUCUUUUUGACAUCCUACUGUAAGAAUAAAGACCUGACAAGAUAUCCACAUCAACAAAGUACCUCCCCUUUCUCUGUGAUACCCUGACAUCUAUGUGACCUGACCUUCGCCCUA